AAUUUAAAAUAUAAUAUAAUAUAUAUAAUUAAAUAAAUAUAUUAUUUUUAAUAACAGAGUACAAAAUUAUAAAAAGUAUUUUAAUAUUCUUGAUUUAAGCUUUAGCCAAGCAAAAAUUAUAAAUAUAAACUAGAUCUUGAUCCGCGCGAUUGUGCGAAUGUAUAUUUUACAGUAUAUACAAACUUUAAAAAACAAAAAGUUAACGGUUCUAGUUUGACUACUGUUGUUUAUAUGUUUAAACUAUGUAUUUUUUCAGUGUAUUGUGUAACAGGAGAUCCAUAGAAUGAUACUGUUAAAAAAUAUUACUGUUAAGAAAUAUUUCAGUUUUGGUUUCUAUGAUUUGGUUUGAUACGGAAUAAAACGUUUUGUAUGUAUGUAUGUCAAAGAGCAUUAUUUGAUUAUCAUUGGUGGACCAACACAAAAACGGGUCAAAGAUAUAAGAGAAUUAAAAGCAUGAAAUAAUAAAUCUAUCUUAUUAAGCUAUCCAUGUUUCCAAAUAGUAUGAGUUUUUUUUACUACUAUCAAAAUUGCCAAACAAAACCUUUAGGUACUUCUACUUUAAUAAGAUAGAUAUUUUGUUUAAAUAUAAAUAAGUUAUAUAGGAAAAAUUUGGAGAAAUGCAUUCAAAUAAGAAUAUAAUUUGAAAACUACACCUUAUUUAAGUUUUUGGAAAAAUACACUUAUAUAUAUAUAUAUAUAUAUAUAUUAAAUUACUAAAUUGCCCAAUCUUAAUAUUUCUAAAAAUCUAAUAUAUUGUUUAUAAAUUAUUAUUAUUUUUUAUAAAAAUCGUUAGAGAAUCUACCAAUUAUCUCUUUUAAUAUAUUUGCACAUUAUCUUUCCCAUAUCUUUUUAAUAAUGUUUUAAAUUAUUUUAUUAUCUUGAAAAAAAAAGAACUCAAGACUGCGACUCGUCUUCUCGUCUCCUUCCUUCUCGUGUCCUCUCAAUUUCUGAAACUGUUUUUCUUUUCUUUUUUCUCUAAUUUUGCAGAUGUUAAAAAAGGUUAUGGAAAACAUGUGAAAAGAAGAUAUGAAUGCUUUGGAGAACAAGCAACAACUCAAAAAAAAAAAAACACGAAAACAAGCUUGCUCAAGAUGUCAUUGUUCAGGACACAAUCGUGCUAGCUACGACUUUGGAAUUUGACGCUUUUAUGUUCUACACGUUUUUCUGAAAACAUUUUUCUGUUCUAAACGUUUUUCUGCAAAGCACUCUGUCUGUUGCUUACUCACAACGGCUCUUGUAGAUUAGGAGGUAGAAGCUAAAAAGAAUGCAGUAGCUUGGGUUCAAGAUGCUGUAGUGGCCGGUUUUUCCCAGUUCAACUUAUUCAAAGAGCCUGGAAAGCAAGAGGAUACUACUGCUCACCAAGACCAUCAUUGUAGAUCCUAAAAUCUACACUAAGAAUUUGAUAGUGAUCGGGAGUUUAAUCAGGAGAAGAUAAAUGAUGUAGGCAACGAUAUCUUUAGAACACAACGAUAUAAUCAGUUUCCGGUAGGUAAAAAUGGACUUUUAUUGAUGAAUGAGAUUGAAUACAAUGAGUAAAACAAGAUCGAAUGUAACAAUCAGAUCGUUCAAGGAAAAGAUCUAAAGGUUGGUGAAAACAAGGUCGAAGUGUGGGUGUCGCUCUCUCUAGGGUUUUCAACGUGUGCCUUUCCUUAUACGUCCACCUUCUCUUAUAGCAUGCCGCUCUUGUGGUAUUCGCAACUGCUCCGCGAUCUCCGCGAUCGUUCCCGAUCUUCGAAGUCUCUGUUUGGAGCUCGAGUACUCGCUGCGGGCUUUAGCUCUUUGCAGCCCAUUUAGUUGAUCGCGGCCCAUUUACAUACUGACUGAAAUUGGGUCCAACAAUCAUCAAUACAUUGUUAUUCACAACACGUCUGAGAAACUAAAUCCCAAGGAGAAUACAACAAGUCCAAGAAACCAAGCUUACAAGGGUGUCAAACAGCCUUCAACAAAACAUAGUUCUGUUUCUGAAAUAAGUAAUUUUGAAGGUAAGAACAGGUUAAAAGAGUCACUGAGUUUAGCAGAGAAGUUACUCUGAGUUUCAAGCCAAUGGUUCUUUUAAAUAUUUAGAGAACUCACUGAAGAAAGGGUCCUUCUUUGUGAAGAAAGAAGAAGCAAAUGGAAAAUAGUCUAUUCUUAUCAGCCUUAAAGCAGUAAACUGUUGGCUCGAUGAUCUAAUAAAAAACAGAUGUGAAGCCAGUGAAAAAGUCAAAGAGUUAAGAAAGAAGCUACAUCAGUUUCUACUUAAACAUAUCGAAUCUGCCACUGGAGAAACAAUGUAACAUAAUAAUCCCAUUAUAUGGAAUUUCUAUUUCAGUGACUAAUCUGACAACGGUUUGAUGAGAAAGAUUUGAAUGAAGUAUGGUGUAAAAUAAAAAAUCUUGUCAUUUCCGCAUCCACAUUUGAUAUUGUUCCUCUUCAUCGUUCUCUUCCUCAGCAUGAGCGGUCUUGACUCCCCCUUAAGAGAUCAGUACACAGAGGUCCGCUCAUGUAACCAUGCUCACCACAACAACACUCUUAAUCAUAACUCUUUGUUGCUAGUAAGGUACAACUUUCAAGCCACAAUUUACACAGGAAAGAAAAGAACAAUUGGAGGCGUGGGAAAAUAUUACCCCACAAGAAACUCGGAAAGAUUAUGACAUAUUUAUCUCAAUACACAUGGUUAUCUUAAACAUAAAUUAUUUUAAUGAUAUUAUUUUUAGUUUUGAAUUUAUAUAUUAAUUUUGAAUUAAUAUCUUAAUUAUUGAAAUAUCUUGGGUAAAAAAAUCAAUUCAUAAUCAAGGAAGUGUAUUUUUCAAAAAGUAAAAUAGAAAAUGCAAUUAUCAAAUUUCAAAUCCUAAAUAGGGUAUUUUGCAAAUUAUCCCAUGAUAUUUUCAGUCACUUGAGUUGAGAGUUUUCGAGUUUAUUAUCCGCAAAUACCAUAAUACAUGAUAAAAUCUGUCUAAAAAGAAACUGUAUUUAAGAAUUAUUAUGUAAAAAAAAACUGUGUUGUUAUCUGUAAAAAGAAAUUGUAUUUCUCUAAUUUAGGAGAAAAUAGCAAUCUCUAAUUUAGGAGAAAAAAUAAAAAUUAAUUGGAAUAGAUUUUACUUUAUUAUAGUAUAUAGAGAAAAAAUUAGCAUAGGGUUAGAGAUGCUCUUAGAAGCGAUUAGUAACACAAAUUUAGAUUUUUAGUAAUAUAUUUAUUAAUAAAAACUUAUUUAUAAUUAUCAAAUUUUCCCAAAUAUCAUCUGCUGUGAGAGACUUUGAAAUGGUUUAGUGAGGUUUUGGAACGAGCCCAUCAACUGCGAAAUUCCUUGUGGCUGAAGGAACAGCUAAGCGUACUCCAUCUAGCUAUCUGGCUUUGUAUGACUUGAGAUCCCAAUCUAGACCUAUAAACAUUUCCAGAUGUAAACAUAUCAACAACAUUUACAAAGGAACCUGAGUGAGACCAUUUAAAGCAUAAAGAGAGACAGAACUCACAUUUUUGUUAACCCGAAAGCAAGAUCCAGCAUAUCAUAUCUCUUCAUCUGUUGGCUCUUUCAGGUUUGUUGUAGUAUUCAGUGUCCUAAUUUUCAAUCACAGUUUGGUUAAAGCACACUUGAUGAUCAAUUUAUUGCAAGAAAAAAGACUGUUAGCUUUCCCAACGAUCACAUGGCACGUUGAACACGCUAGAGAACCUUCACACGCCCCUGAACAUUUAGAUAAAAAAAAGCCCCCUGCAACUCAAAUUCAUCAGAGCAAAAAAAAAAUGAAUCAAAUGGAAGAAAAUGGAAGAAAAUAGUGCCUUGGAGAGUUUUAUAUUGUUUCCAUGAGCAGCUUCAAGGAUGUUCAUUCAAAUCCAAUGGGGACCUUAACAUGAAUUUUCCUCUCCAUCUUUGUGAACAAAUAUAACGGUUAUCAUGUUUAAAUGAUUAAACACAAGUCAUAAUCUUAAAAUAUAUAAUUGACAUGUGUCGCGAUCAUGUUAAUUAGCAACUUUGAAAAACCAAACUUUAUUUAAUAAGAUAAAUUUUUAUUAGCAUAUAGCCUAAACUUUGAAAAUCAUGAGUUAAAUUAAAUUACUUAUAAUUUUAUGAAAGUCUUGCAUUUUUAAUUAAUUAUUAUUAUAUUGUAUUUUAUUUUUAUGUUAAAAUUCGAAAAAUAUUUUCUAUAUUAAAUUAAUUUAUUAUUAAUAUUUUACUUUUGUUAACUUACCUUGUUUGAUAUUGGUUAUAAAUUUUCUUAAUUUAUUAAUAACAAUUAAUAUUACCUGUUUUGAUUUUUUAUAGUUAUAAUUGUUUGAAAGCCUUGCGGAUUAAGAAACCUUUAAAAACCCUAACACCAUAUAGUUAAUGACGGCAAAGACGAGGGAAAGUGAUAAAAAAAAGGUUCUUCUUCUUUAACCAACUUAGGUUUGAGUAUGUUCUAUCUUGUGGAUCCACUUUCUUCGACUUGUGUUCCAUUUAAGUUGUAGGCUAACUGUUGAAACUGCAUUAUCUUGUUCAGAUCAUAUGGCUUCAAAGAUUACUGCUAAAAAGAAUGAUGAUUUUGACUACAAAAUCAUUGAAGGCGAGUCUAAGACCGCUUUAGCAGCAGCCGGCACGAGUCCUUGGAUUGAUUCUGCAACGUUGGAGCUUCGGCAUCGAAUUGGAAGAGGUCCCUUUGGUGAUGUUUGGCUAGCUACUCAUCAUCAGUCCACAAAGGACUAUGAAGUGGCCAUCAAAAUGCUUCAUCCCAUCAAUAAAGAUCAGAUGAGAGUUGUGGUAGAUAAGUUUAAGGAUUUGGUUUCUAAGUCUCAAGGGAUAGAGAAUGUUUGUCUCCUCCGAGGAGUUUCUAUCAUUAGUGGAAGGAUUUGCCUCGUCAUGAAAUUCUAUGAGGGCUGUGUUGGUGACAAGAUGGCUCGGCUUAAAGGAGGAAAGCUUUCAUUGUCUGAUGUAUUGAGAUAUGGGAUUGAUCUAGUUACAGGGAUUCUUGAGUUGCACGCAAAAGGGUUUCUGAUUCUCAAUCUCAAGCCCUCUAACUUUCUUCUCCUUGAUAACGACAAGGCCAUCCUAGGGGAUGUUGGAGUCCCUUAUCUACUUCAUAGUAUCCCUUUGCCAAGUUCUGAUAUGAUAAUGAGACUUGGAACUCCAAACUAUAUGGCUCCAGAACAGUGGCAACCUGAAGUAAGAGGUCCCAUGUCCUUUGAGACUGAUUCUUGGGGGUUUGGAUGCAGCAUUGUGGAAAUGCUCACUGGUGCACAACCUUGGAGUGGUAAAUCCAUCGACGAAAUUUACAACUUAGUGGUCAUAAAAAGAGAAAAGCUCACUAUCCCCAAUGCCAUACCGCCUCCUCUUGAGAAGCUACUUCAGGGUUGCUUUAUGUAUGAUCUCCGAAGCCGACCUUCUAUGACAGACAUCUUACACGUCUUCAAGAGGUUGCAGAACUCAGAGGAGGAAGAGUUCUGGUCCUUCUGGAGAGGCAUUGAUAGUAGAGGAAUCAGAAAGAGCUCAGCUUAUCUCGGCUAUACAGAAUGGUUCCUUUCAAAGGAUCAACUGCAAGUAGGCGACACGGUGCGUUCAAGAAAGCCUGCCAAUUCGUGUAAGCAUGAGAAUAUGGAUGUGCCAGAAGGAAAGGUGGUUGGUUUAGAACGUGACACUACCGACUCGGAUGGAUUUGCUCUGGUUAAAGUCCAUGGUGUUCAUGAUCCGUUAAGGGUUCACGUAUCUGUUCUUGAAAGGGUAACUAAAGACUACUUGGCUUCUGGAGAUUGGGUACGUCUGAAGUAUGGAGUAGCAGACAAGAGGUGUUCUCCAGUUGGCAUUGUCCAUUCAAUCAACCGUGAGGGUAUUGUAGCUGUUGGGUUUAUUGGGUUGCCAACUCUCUGGAGAGGGACUUCAUCACAGCUUCAGAUGGCUAAAGGAUACAGUGUUGGUCAGUUUGUGAAAAUCAAAGCCUUUGUUGUCACCCCAAGAUUCAAAUGGAUACGUAAAGAUAAAAGAGUUUGGGCAACUGGCAGAAUCUCUCAUGUUUUACCCAACGGUUGUCUCGAGGUGGAGUUCCCUGGAGCGUUGCCUUUCGGACAGGAGCAUGGAAACUGUCUUGCUGAUCCGGCUGAAGUAGAGGUUGUGGAUUUUAGUACUUGUGAAGGUGUUGUGGAAAAAAUUCAGCAUCUACAAGACUUUCACUGGGCUGUGAGACCUUUACUGGCUGCCAUGGGUCUAUUGGCAUCAAUGAAGUUAGACCAUGCUCGCUUUUAUAUUUGGAUUUGACGCAACAUAUAAUUGUAUACAACAUCUAGAUAUUGCAUCCAAAUGUUGUUUAUUUUUAUAGUUAUUAUUUGCAUUCAGAUGCAACAUCUAGAUGCCAAAUUGUUCAUUUUAUAUUAUAAUAGUGGUUUU